AGAAGCUGAGCGCCAGAAGUAGCGACGAGUGUCCGAUGUUUAUUUCUUAGAUGUAAGUACUUACUUACCCCAUAGUACUCAUAGUUUCCUCUUCUUGAUAAACGCAAACUAGCCACCAUGGGCGUGACGCGACAGGAAUUCGAAUUGGCAAAGUCGUCAGCUCGGACCUUUUGGGUCGGGCUUGGGUUUGUGUAUGUGCAGCUGGCAGUAUUCUGCUCGGGUGCCGGUCUGUUGAGCAGGAGUUGGAAACCAGAAUUGCCUACCCCAAAGAAGUACGCAGAUGUGAUCGCAAAGUGUUGCAAUGUCACUGUGGCUUCCGGUCCCGCUGGCAUUGUGCACGAGGAUGAAGAACAAGCGACCGCACUUUCGCAUGCCGUUUCACGAUCAGCGCGAGAGUCCUCUCUGCGCCCUCAGUCGGAAGGGAGAACGAGAACUCCAGCAGCGAAGCCACGGAGUGCCUCGACGAAUCCCACCAGACCGCAAGCGUCACUGCGACCUGCAGCGACGUCCGUCCAUCGUCGGACGAAGAAGGUACUACAGCAGGACCACGAGCAGCCGCGGGCAGCCAGAAUAUGGGUCAGUGGCACUCAGAAGAGGUUGCGCCAAGCGGCUUCUGAGGAAUUUCAAUUUGACUCAGUUGAGACAACCCCAGCACCAGCAGCUGCAGCUCCUGCCCCACGCACGCUGUCACCAUCACGCGGACGCUCUUCAAGGAGGAAGCAAGCAGGAAAGGAAUCAGCUUCAGCUCCCCCUCCCCAGACAGCACUAGCUGAUCGCGCGGACGCCCCCGACGCGGCAUCAAAAAAGGACUCAGCCCAUUCUUCUGCCAAGGUAGACGAGCAGUCCAGCGAUCCCGCUGACUACAGCAGCUGCUAUUCGGAUGCCGAUACCCGCAUCCCAACCUCCGACAUGUCCCUUUGUGAGUUGUCUCUCAGCACAUCCUCUACCGACCCAAGGAGGGCAGAGCUGCUAGCCGCCUUCGCAGCGGUCGCAAAGCAGGCUGGAGCAGCAGGACGACGGGAAGCCGUGAUAAGGCGGGAAGCCAAGGGGAACAAGAUGGAAGAUGCUGAUAAAGAACUGCCAGCAUCAGAGCAUGAAGAUCGGGAAGGGGAGCGCAUCAGGAGAGAAAAACAAGACCAAUCCAAGAGGGAUUCCGAGGUGAGACAGAUGCUCGUGCUGGAGAUUUUGAAAGCAAAGGCGAAACCGUUACCACCACAGCUGUCCUCGUUGCCACCAGUGAUGGAACGCUCUAGCAGCUCAGGAACAAGUUCUUCUGGCGAAAAUGCUACUCCACCAGCACCUGCUGCCCAAGGCAGCGCAGGCUCUGCUUGCGUGUCGGUCUCCUGUGUGCAGCUGCCCUUCGGAGCUUUAACCGCGUCGCCCGAAGACAAAGAGACGAGGGAGGUUCUACAUCUGGAACCCGCAAUAGCCACGGGAGUAUGCGGUUCAGGAGAGCGAUAUCCUGAGCAGUUGCAGCUACACAACCGGGUGAUGUAUCGCGUAGAGGGAAACCAGUCGAGCUUCUUGACCCCCUGGCACGUGCAGCAGUGUUGCCCCUACGUGCCCCGCUCCCAGGCAGAAUUCAGCGAAAUGCAGCGCUUUCUUGCACAUCUUCGGCAGAAAAAGAUGCUCGGGGAGACCGCGACUAUUCCAGAACCCGUGGCUCCGUGCUUUGUGUGCUGUGUGCCGGUGGCCCUUGACGCAGUGACGAGAACUCCAUCACCAGUAGAGACAAAAGACCAGGCUGCCCAGACGCAGAUCACUCCCAACGACGAGAGCUUGCAUCCGAGGGUGCUGGAGCUCUUCGCUGUAAACGGUAAUUGUUUUCAUCGUGAUAAUUGGCCACGGACCGAAGAUGUUGCAAGUGCGACAACGACGGAGCAGGCAACAGCAACGACGACGGACCAGAUCUUCACUCCCGCUAGACAGCCAGAAAGCGCAGACCACGGAGCAGAACAACAUCUCUACUGGUGCGCGGUGCGAUACCCUCCGCGUGAUUCUGAUUUUGAUGUUGCUGCUGGUGCCGCGUCCGCGGCCACCCCUGGCGCUCCUGCGGCUUUACUUUCACCUGCAAUGGAAGAAACUGCAGAAGAGCACCAAGCUGCUUCGACCCUUCACCGCCCGAAAGCGCAUCGAGCAGACUCUACUUUCUCCUUGAUUUCGGAGUUUUUGGCGAAUACCGAUGGUGAGACCUCCGCUCCCAGCAGCGGUUCGAAUCCGGAGCCACAAGUGCAAGCCGGUCCUGCAUCAUCCACAGCCUCAAGCAAAAGCAGGCGGAGCAGCAAGAAAAGAUCGAAAUUUGUUCCGCCGGCUCUGCGUUUGUCAAACUCCGAUGAAACGGACAGAACAGCGGGCUCCACGUCCCCGUCUGUGGAAGUAGACGGGCAGAAAUACUACGCGCCGGCUGGACAGGAUGCUGCAACGGCGAGCGUCGCCGGACCGUUGAGGGGAUUCGAAGAUAUCGUCCGUCGCCCGAAUACUUUCGCCAGCAUUAAAGGCCCGCUGCUUGAUGCCGAUCCAAGCUCGUCGUCCCAUCAGCUGCCGUUUCCACCACCACCGCAACCUUUGUCCACUCCCUCGACCCAGGCACCGUCGACACCGCAGAGUACCCUGGCAGCAAGCUCGGUGCAAGGAACGCCAAACUGCCUGCGGCCGCACGAACCGCCUCCGGGGCUUGGGAGUUUGCUGGGAAGUCGGAGCGGAACACCAGAUCUGUUCGGUGUGAUGAAACCGCACCAGGAGGAGACGGAGACCAUGCACAUCCACAUUUGCGAUUAA